GUCAAUAAAAAGAGGAAAAACGAGAUCAGGAGAUAAAGUUGAAAACAUCUUUUCGAGUUCAAGUUUAUGAAAUGAUCUCCAAACCUCACAUUGUCAUCUUUCCCUUCAUGUCUCAAGGCCACACCAUUCCUCUACUUGAUCUUUCAAAGAAACUAAGCUCCCGAAGCCUUAAAGUAACCAUAAUAACAACCCCUUCAAACUCUUCCUCUAUUCGCUCAUACACUUCACAAUACUCAAACAUCCAUCUCCGAGAAAUCUCAUUCCCUCACAUCCACGAACUUCCUCAUGGCUGCGAAAACACGUCCCAACUUCAAUCGAUCGAUCAGCUCCUUCUGUUCCUUCGUGCAACCAAAAAACUUCAAGCUCCUUUUGAAGAAACCCUUGAAGAUUUGUCCAAGCAUCAAGACCCACCCACCUGCGUCAUUUCCGAUUCAUUCUUGGGGUGGACAAACGACUCUUGUCGCGCUUUUGGCGUCUCCCGACUGGUUUUUCAUGGGAUGGGUGCGUUUGCAAUGGCUGUCAAGAAAUCUUUAUCCAUUAAUCAGAAUCACAAGUGCGUCGAGUCUGACACAGAACCAUUGGAUGUUAAAGGAGUGCGACUUCGGUUUGAGGUCAAAAAGAAAGAUUUGCCAAAUUCACUGAGGCAGAUGGAUAGCUGCUUGUCGCAGUUUUUUGUGGAAGCUGAAAAAUCUGACUUGGGAAGUUCGGGUGUAAUUGUAAACAGCUUCAGCGAGCUAGAAAAAGAGCAUAUUGCCUCAUUGGAGUCCUUGUAUGGGAAUGGGACCAGGGCAUGGUGCGUUGGUCCGCUGUUUCUAUACGGUGAAAUGGAGGGAGAAAGAACCACCCAGCAAAAUGGGCAGACAUCUUUAAGGAAAUGGGCCAGUUGGUUGAACCGGCACGAAGAAGAAAAUUCAGUGAUAUAUGUAGCUUUUGGGUCGCAGGCUGAUUUGUCUGAGAGCCAACUUGAUGAAUUGGCAUAUGGCUUGGAACUAUCUGAGAUGGAUUACAUCUUGGUUGUCCGAUCAAAGAGUAAUUGGGAGCCUCCAAGUGAUAUUGUUAGUGAAGGCAAGAAAGGGUUGAUUCUUAAAGAGUGGAUUGACCAGAAAUGGGUCCUGGCCCAUCGAGCCGUAGGUGGGUUCCUGAGCCACUGUGGGUGGAACUCAGUGUUGGAGAGCUUGUCAAUGGGGGUUCCGAUUUUGGCAUGGCCCAUGCAAAAUGAGCAGCAUCUGAAUGCCAGAUUCUUGGUAGAGGAGAUCAAGGUAGGAGUCCAGGUUCCGACAGUGAGCCGUGAGGAAGGGAAGAUUGUGAGGCGUGAAGUGAUUUGUGAAGCGGUAAAAGAACUAAUGGGAGGAGAUGGGAGUGGAAAGAAAGCAAGAGAGAAAGCAAUGGAGUUGGGGAAAUGGGCAAAGAGGGCAGUCCAGGUUGGUGGGUCCUCUUACAAGUGCUUGGAUGAGCUAAUUCACCAAUUAAGUCAUCAGGUGAAUUGCUAAUUGUGAUGCCGAAAGGCUGUUGAGGCUUCAGCUAUUAAUGAAUUUGUGGAUUGGAUUUUCGAUAUCCAUAUUUUCAAUAUCUUUCCGUUGUGAUCGCGGCAUACAACAGAGGCUAUUGAGAAAGAAUAUCUGACUGCUGCGUCAAAGAAUAAAAAACAAAAUGAAACAUUGUAAAUGGGCUUCAGACACAUUGGAAUAUUAAUGGAUGUUGGGGAGGGCAUUGAAUUUCAGAUGAUCUGGCACUAGUAAGGUGCCGAGUGAACUAUCUUGCAUGCACUGGCGUCAAGGGCACCGCCACUGCAAGCCCUUCGCUUUUGUGACGACUUGCAGUUUAUAACCUGCUUUAAGCCCUUGGCUUUAUCAUUGGAGAGGACACAGGCGAUCGAGAUUAUUUAAAAAGGAAAGAAAAAUCCCAAAAUGGGCGACAGAGUCAGACGAUUCUCGAUUACAUGGUGGCAUAAUAUUGCAAUAGAAAUGAUUGCUCAUACAUUUCAUUUCUUAUUAUUCAAUCAUAUAUAUGCACCUUUUUGUCGUUU